UGGAGAGUAGCAAAAAGCUUCUCUAGGCUUUUGCUAUAUUGUGUAAUUUCUAGUGCCUCACAUUCAAGCCAGAAGCAUCGAAAAACCAAAACAAUCUUUCAGUCCCAUGGGAAGAUUUCUCCCCAGGGUAAGUGAAAAGGUAAACACUGGCCAUGUUUUCCUUUCCACUUGACCUUGCUUUCCAGACAACAGGGUAUUGUUUUGGUUAAGUAGGAACGACUAUCUCAGGUUUGCCCAGCACCUGCAGGUGGGCUGGCCUGAGGAGUGGUCUUUACUUUGUUUAGGUAAUGUUAUCCAAUUAUAUAGAUUGCUUAUUGUCUUUUACCAAUAUAUGUGAACAACGUAAAAAUGGUCCGAGUUGUGGGCUAGUCCUGUCUUGGAACAUUAUAAAAUGGUGGACAGGCCAGGAUCGGCGCGCGCUCUCUCUCUCCUUCUUCUUGCUCUCUUGCUCUUGCCCUGGUCUGCGUCUUGCACUUCUGGGUUUUUCCAGCCUUUCUGGUUUUUCCCUGGACUUAACAACAACAAACUGCUCACCGAUCUAGUCUCGCCUCGGGUGGACCCCGAGUCGCGGAGACUACAUUCUGCAUGCCUGGACCCUCAUCGGGAGAAAGAGACUCCUUACCAAGCUAUAGACUGUGAGUAGCUGACUGACGAACUAUUAACUCAAACCAGAGACUCAAGGAACUCUCUUUAAAUAUCAUAGACUCUAUAAUUUGCCAUUUUCGGAAAUGUUACUUUGAUCUCAAUCGAAAAGAAUUCACAGUGGUGGUGUAGUUUCGGGAAGAGGGAAUCCGCAUUCUUUGCAAUAAAUCACUGAUAAAAUAGUCAACGCCUCGCGUAUUUUCCCCCAUAACUCUGCCGCGAAACUGCGUUCCACGACAGAUUUUGGUGUCAGAAGUGGGAUUGAGAAACUGAAGUAACAGCCGAGUUUAAAGAAUGGCUCAGUUUGGAAAGAGUUCUCCUGAUAUAAGAGAUGCCAGAUCGCCAGAUAUCACAGACACCCUGUAUGCUAGGCUUGCAUCGGCGUUUGAAUCAGCAAAUUUAAGAAAAGCUCUGACGGCAAGGGAGGAUGAAUCGAUAGAGGAAAUAAAUAUUAGGUCAGCUAAUGUAAUCGCGUCUCUCUAUGAAUCUUUUGGAGAUACCGAGGGAGUUGACAAAGAAAGUUUUUUUGAUCUGGGAGUUGGCGUGUUCAGAUCACAAGUUGAUAUAGAGUCUUGCAGGCGUGUUGCAGAGGCCUGGAGGUUGGAGGCGCAGGCGCAUGAACGGGAGAUAGAGGCGUGCAAACGUGAGGCAGAGAUGUAUAAACAGGAGGUCAGAAAGCUGAGUGAUGAGAAUGCCCGGAAAGAAUUGCGUUUAGAGCAAGCGCGUCAAGAAAACAAGUCGUUGCAGAGUGAGAGAGAUGCUCUGUUAAAAGACGUUGUCAGGCGGAACUUAAGUAUGGAGGAAAAGUUAGACAAGUUACUAAGCCGAAAGUCACAGUCCGGGAGCUCUUCCCGAACGCAAUCAGCCGUUAGUUCCCGUGCGGGCACACCGCAGCCGCGAUCGCAUGUCGGGUCUCGGACAGAAACUCCGCAGCCCUCGACCCAUCGUAGAGAGUCAACCGGUCACCUAGGCUUGCCAACUACUUUUACUCCAAUAUGUCCUGAGAAGUCACAGCAGCCUGUGGUUCGCCGGAAAGAGCCGGUAACUACACCCUCUCAAACCCAAGGGUUGCAACCCUUGCACUCUCCGCCUAGAGUCUCUCGCGUCAGUACACCUUUACGCGAGCCCGAUUUCUUUAAAUUAUGUCCGGUGAAGCACCAUCCUCAACCAGUGAAUCCCCAACCAGUGGCAGAGCCAUCCCUGUUGCCGCUAAAGCCGUGCGGAUCGACACCGCGUCCACCGUUUAACUCACCAAUGCCGGUCCAACUGGACGCCGCUUUGCCUCAGCCGCAGCCAGUUCAAGUCCCGGUGAUUCCGCCGGCGAAGCCUCUGACGCUUCUGCCGAUGCCGACACCCCAGCCGCCAGCAGCACCAUUAUUAACAGUAGCGGAGCCGAUAGCCCAGACACAACCUAUUUUGCCGCCGAACGCCAUGUUAUCUCCACAGCCGACAGCGGUAGAACCGAAAGCGGUCCCGCAGCAGCUGACUCAGGUCCUAGCGACUCAGCCGAUUCCGUUAACGCCUUCACAGCCGACUCUGCUUCAGCAGCCGAUCGUGCCGACAACCCCGUUUCCGACGGUGCAGCAGCCAGCACAGGAGCUUCAGACGAUCCCGCAGGUCCCGGCGCUUCAGCCGCCGCCACCAGCAGUAACGCAGCCGAUAAUCCAGCCGCAAUCGUCUGCAGUCCCGCAGGCAGCAGCUACGGUGCCGCUUGUCCCGGCACAACCAUCUUCUCAAUCUCAGCCCGUUCCAGCGUUCCAGCAGGUCCCGAUUCCGUCUCAGAUUCAACCAUCGGCAGCGCCGCCGCAGCCGCCAUCUUCUCAACCAUCACGCCCUGAGCAGCCAGCGCUAAGCACGCCUGUGCAGCGCCACACCGCGUUACAGCCUGCAGUUGCGUCUAUUGAUAGCGACACGGAAGUGGAGGAGGUGCACCACAAAAUGAAGUCCUACUCCGUGAACCCUCUCUUUGCAUCUGAAACCUCGCAAGGACCGAAAGGAGGCAAAACAACAACUACGAAAACAAAACCGUACACAGAAACGCAGAUGGAUGAUCUUAGGGAAACUUAUUCCCGCAUGCCUAAGGAAUCCAUAAUAGCGUAUGUGUGUCGCGUGGUACAAAGGGGCGCGGAAAGGAUUAUCUUAUCUCGUGAAGAGGUGGGAAGAACUAACUGGGGACCCGAGGUAUUUCUUGGGGAUGGUCCUGAGGGAGACCUUGCGUUGAGUGCUAGGAUCUUUCAUUGGGCUAGUGCUUAUGAGCCUUCGGAUAGGGGUGAUCCUACAGAAUUUUGGAUCAGAUCCCCUGAUGAGUUAAAUGAAGCAUUUGCUAUGGUUGCUUGUAUCCAAGCUGUGAAUCAUAAGGGAUUAUAUGCACAUGCAAUGGAUGCCCCAGUAGAGCCACCGAGGCUUAGACCCCUGAUAAAAGAAUCUGUCUUUCAGAAGGAAAAGCAGUCUGGAGGCAGGAACAGCUCUGCAUCACGACGAAAACACCAAACGGUGCGGCAUGCCUGGACAUCUGGUGACCCCAAUGAGAGUCCAAGAUCGAGCCCACGAUCAAGUCCCAGGGGGAGCCCUGAGCUUAAUCGUCGCUCUGGAUCUGGAAUAAUGUGGGUACCGAGUUCUACAGGUAGGGGUGUAAUCCCACUGCAGGAGCAGAAAUAUGCAGUGAAGCCUCGUGAUGUGUUUCAGAAGAAACAGGCAGAGCGUGAUCCUGUGAAGAGUGAGCUCAGUACUAUGAGUAAGUCCAUGUCUGAUAUAAGUAAGUCCGUGUCUGACAUGAAAGGACUGCUAGAACAAGUACUGAAAGGCAAUGGUAACGAAAAGGUGAAGCAGAACCGUAAGAGAGGCUCUGCAAGCAUGUCUCCUACCAAGUCAGGUUCUCCUGAUCGGGGAGGAGAUAAGAGCAGAUAA